GUUCAUGUGAUUUAACCAAUGCAAGAAAAUAAUCAAAAUGGACCCAGGCCUUGGAUUUACUCCUUAUAAAACCCCUAAAUCUUCAUUGUAUUUUCGUCUCCACCUUUCCUUUCACUUGUGUAAGUACAAGAUUAAUUUGUGGAAGAAAUGGCCAGUCUCAUAGGGAAACUGGUUACAAAAACAAAAGUUAAAUCCAGUCCGAAUGCAAUUUACGAUAUCUAUGCCCACAAACCAUAUGAACUCAUCAGUGUAGCUCCCGAUGUAUUUCAAAGUUUAGACCUUCUUGAUGGCUUGUGGGGAGUCUUCGGCUGUGUCUUCUCCCUCACCUACGUUGAUGGAGGAAAAAUCCGGACAAUGAAUGUCAAAGUUGCGGCCAUAGACGACGCUAACAAAACAGUGACUUAUAUGAUCAUUGCGGGAGACCUUCUAAGUUUAUACACAACUCUUAGCGCAACCGUCCAGGUUGGCACUGAUCCAGAUGGGAUGAUGAACUUUGUGACUUGGACAUUGGACUACGUGAAGCUUCUGCCGACCUCGCCGGACCCGAUUUCGUUGAUGAACUUGGCCAUCACCGGCGUCGAGGGUAUUGAUGCUAAACUUGCCAACUAGAAGAUAUAUAGCCUUUUGCUUGCUUUCUUUGUACUCUCUCCAUAAUCCUUUGUAAGUGAAGUGUACCGAGUGUACUCAUCGUAUAACUAUUGUUUGCAAAAAUAGAAAAUACUCCCUCCAUAUAUCCUAGAAAAAUAGUUCACGUCCUAUUUUCAAAUUUGCACAAAAAAUAAUACAAAUUUAAAACUCAAUGUGGACUUUUUU